CUAUCUUCUGCAAUAGUGAUAUGCUCAUGGCCUUGCAUUGAGCGUCUCCUGAACUGCCGUGGUGAGACAGUCGAGCUCCGAGUUACCAUACGAUGCUUCUGGGCCCCUUGCUCUUGAGUCUGGUACUGUUGUCGAUAUGCGAGGCUCUUCCUCUUCAGGACGCAGCCGGGGAAGACUCGUCAUCAGGGAGACACCCAGCGGGACAAUUGAAAGACACUUCCAACAGUCUACACCCGGAAUACGCCUACGACUUGAGAUUCUAUAGAAGGCAGAUACCGCACGGCGAACGAACGACAGCACUGAAGAAGCUCGUUCAGACAUACCUCGUCACCCUCAAUGACCUAGGCAUCGAAACAUGGCUGGUUCAUGACACCCUUCUUGGGUGGUGGUGGGGCAAAAGGGUAUUGCCCUGGGCGCUGGACGUCAGCGCCCAAGUGUCAGAACCCGGCAUCUUCUUCCUCGCUGCGUACUACAACAUGUCCACGUUCCACUUCAAGGGCGCCGACAUACCGAGGGAACGCAGAUACCUGCUGGAACUUAGCCCGCAUGCUAGGGACCGCGAACAGAGCGGUGGAUCGAGUGCUGCUGAUGCGCGGUGGAUCGACACCUCGUCGGGCCUCUUCAUGAACGUGUAUGCGGUGCGGUACAACCUGGCUCAUCCGGGAGGUGAGGGAAUGUUGAGUUGCAAGGAUGGCAGCGAGAUCAAGGACACAUACCUCUUCCCGUUGCGAAAGACAACGUUCGGGGGUGUGCCAGCCAAGAUACCGUACCGGUACAAAGAGCUGCUUGUUGCAGAAUACGGGAAGGAGGCGUUGGCCAACCCCGAGCAGGACGGUCGGCGAGUGGUUCGGGACAGAAUGCACGGAAUGCAAUGGUUACUGAAGGAAGACUCGACGCUCUAAACGGGAACGGGCAGGGUCGGAUGCCAACCACGCAAUCGAGAACGAUGCAAGAAGAUGACGACCUAGAUACCAGAGAG